AUGUCUUUCUUCCGGAAACCCUCUGACCCGCAUCCAACACCAACCCUCUUCCCCACAUUUCUUCUCCCCGCUAUCCCCUUCCGCCGGCGGUCCCGGCAGUCGAGCACUGACUCCGACACUUCUAUCCUCUCUUCCUCAACGACCGCCACUUCGCCAACCGCUACUCUACCAGAUCUCGAUCCCACCCCAGUCAUAUCUCCUGAAGGGAAGUUUCUCUCCGGCCACGCCUCCCACCUUCGCUGCAGCAAAUGCAGCACCGACCUGUGCCUUACUUCCCAAAUCAUCAGCAAAGGCUUUACCGGUCGUCACGGGCGAGCCUACCUUGUCCAGGGCCAACCCUCCUGCACAACCCUCCACUCCCACUCCGGAACCCUUCCCAACACCUACCUGGACAAAGCCGUCCCGAGACAACUGAUCAGUGCUGGGAUGGAAAUACGUCGAGGCACAGGAGGAAAGCCAGCGAUACAAAGUCGGCAAAUUCAUCCUAGAGACGAAGAGAAUCAUGGGCGCCGUGGAUUGCGGAGAAUGUGGUAUGAUGAUUUCGACUACGCCGGCGCUAGAGACGACAUAGCGUCAGACCGAAUGUAUGGGGUGAAGGGUGCAGAUGAAGCGGUCGAAUUUGACAGCCAGGACGAGGAUGAAUGCGAGGAUCUCUUUGCUGGGGUGUGGAGUCCGGAGUUGGCGUUGAAAAGGCGGAGGGGCAGGAAGUUUGGGAGGGCUGAUGGUGGCGUUGGCGGAAGUGGUGGCAGAGCCAAGGGUGAGGACGUGGGGUGA